UGAAGAAGAGUUCCGUGCGCUCUUUAAACAGGUGAUCUAAACAUAUGAUUUGAAUGAGUCGUAAUAUCAACGAGGGUUUGAUAAGAAAUCCUGGAUGUGUCAGCAGUCUUCACGUCUUUUGGAGAAAGUUCAACAUCAGAAUGAAUAGGUUCCUCAGAUAGUGGAUGAACACUUGAGUGUUUGAGACGUGGUCAUUAUGACAUCAUACCCUCCUCCACUGUCAUUGGACCAUCAGGUCAGGAUGAUUUGGACUUUUGGUUGGAGCAGCUGUCACUCAGUCACAUGGCCACACAUUCUAUGGAUGCUGUGGGUGUGGCUAAGCCCAUGUAUCUUUGCUCACCAACACUCACACCCACAUUCCAUCAAAAUUCCUGGGGACAUCACCUUGGGGGGCCUUUUCCCAGUCCAUUCCAGGGGCCCCGCAGGGGUCGCGUGUGGAGAAAUAAAAAAGGAGAAAGGAAUCCACCGUUUGGAGGCUAUGCUGUAUGCCCUUGACCAGAUUAACAGUGACCCAGAACUGCUACCCAACAUCACUCUUGGGGCCCGGAUUCUUGACACAUGUUCCAGGGACACUUAUGCUCUGGAGCAGUCUCUAACUUUUGUCCAGGCUCUCAUUCAGAAAGACACAUCCGACAUCCGCUGCUCUAACGGGGAACAACCAAUAAUACGUAAGCCUGAGCGUGUGGUGGGCGUGAUCGGGGCGUCGGGCAGUUCAGUGUCCAUCAUGGUCGCCAAUGUGCUGCGAUUGUUUGAGAUCCCCCAGAUCAGUUAUGCUUCCACAGCGCCUGAGUUAAGCGACAACAACCGCUACGACUUCUUUUCACGGGUGGUACCACCAGACUCCUACCAGGCCCAAGCAAUGGUGGACAUUGUCAAGGCGAUGGGCUGGAACUAUGUGUCCACUUUAGCAUCAGAGGGGAAUUAUGGGGAAAGCGGAGUAGAUGCCUUCGUUCAGAUCUCUCGAGAGGCAGGUGGUCUGUGCAUCGCACAGUCUUUGAAGAUCCCACGAGAGCCCAAACCAGGAGAGUUUGACAAGAUCAUUAAGAGAUUAAUGGAGACCCCUAACGCCCGAGGGGUCAUCAUCUUUGCCCACGAGGAUGACAUCAAGCAGGUUCUGGAGGCUGCAAGGAAGUCCAAUCUGACUGGUCACUUCAAGUUUGUUGGAUCAGACAGCUGGGGUGCCAAAAGCUCUCCAAUCUUGGACCAGGAGGAGGUGGCUGAGGGUGCCGUCACCAUCCUACCCAAAAGAGCAUCUAUUGAAGGGUUUGACCAGUACUUCACCACUCGAUCCCUGGAGAACAACCGUAGAAAUAUCUGGUUCGCUGAAUUCUGGGAGGACGACUUUAGGUGCAAACUGACACGUCCAGGUAUCAAGAUCGAUCCGGAAAAGAAGAAGUGCACAGGAGAAGAACGGAUCAGUCGCGAUUCCCAUUACGAGCAGGAGGGAAAGGUGCAGUUUGUAAUUGAUGCAGUGUAUGCCAUGGCUCACGCUUUGCACAACAUGCAUCAGGAUCUUUGCCCAGGAACCACAGGCGUGUGUGAUAAGAUGGACCCGGUGGAGGGACGCUUGCUGCUUAGCUACAUCCGCUCCGUCAACUUCAAUGGUAGCGCUGGCACUGCGGUUUUGUUUAAUGAAAAUGGUGACGCUCCUGGGCGCUAUGACAUCUUUCAGUACCAGAUGACCAACACCACCAGUCCAGGAUACAGAGUUAUCGGCCAGUGGACCAAUAACCUACGACUCAAUGUGGAAGAGAUGCAGUGGACCGGUGGCUCCCGCCUGAUUCCAGACUCCGUGUGCAGUUUUCCGUGCCAUUCGGGUGAGAGAAAGAAGAUGGUGAAGGGUGUUCCGUGCUGCUGGCACUGUGAGCUCUGUGACGGGUAUCAGUUUCAAGCCGACGAGUUCAACUGCGAGAUGUGCCCUUUCGACAUGCGGCCAACGCCCAACCGCACGGCCUGCCGACCCACCCCCAUCAUCAAACUGGAGUGGCAUUCGCCCUGGGCCAUUAUCCCUCUGUUCCUGGCCAUUCUGGGCAUCCUGGCCACCCUGUCCAUCAUCAUCACCUUCAUCCGCUUCAACGACACGCCCAUAGUGAGAGCUGCAGGACGUGAGCUUAGCUACGUGCUCCUGACGGGUAUCUUCCUUAUCUACCUCAUCACCUUCCUCAUGAUCGCCGAGCCGGGAACGGUGGUGUGUGCAUUUCGAAGGAUGUUGCUCGGACUGGGCAUGAGCAUUACGUACUCGGCCAUGCUCACCAAGACCAAUCGCAUUUACCGCAUCUUUGAGCAAGGCAAGAAGUCUGUCACACCGCCGAAAUUUAUCAGCCCCACUUCGCAACUUGCAAUUACCUUCGUACUAAUCUCAGUACAGGUGGUGGGUGUGUUUGUCUGGUUUGGCGUGAUGCCGCCACACACCAUUGUGGACUAUGAAGAAUUGCGGCCACCCAAUCCAGAUCUGGCGCGUGGAAUCCUGAAGUGUGACAUGUCUGAUUUGUCACUCAUUUGUUGUUUAAGCUACAGUAUCCUGCUGAUGGUCACGUGCACAGUCUAUGCUGUCAAGAGCCGCGGCGUACCUGAGACCUUCAACGAAGCUAAACCAAUCGGCUUCACCAUGUAUACCACAUGCAUCGUCUGGCUGGCAUUCGUACCUAUUUUCUUUGGCACAGCACAGUCCACUGAGAAGAUGUUUAUCCAGACGACUACGCUGACCGUGUCCAUGAGUCUGAGUGCAUCCGUGUCUCUAGGGAUGCUCUACAUACCGAAAGUCUACGUCAUUAUCUUCCACCCGGAGCAGAACGUACAGAAACGCAAGCGCAGCUUCAAGGCUGUGGUGCAAGCUGCCACCAUGUCCACGCGCCUCUCGCAGAAAUCCAUCAAUGAAAAGCAGAACGGAGAGACUAAGAUUGAGCCAGACAGGACGCAGUAGCAGAUGACACUUGGAGCAGCUGUGCUGAACUCAAAUCACAGAAGAACUGCAUUAAAGAGAGUUUUGCUGAGUUGUUUAUUACUUGUUCCAGAUGAGGAUGAUAAUAAAGCCAAUGUUACUGACUGUAAACAUAAACUGCAAACACUGCACACAGAAAAUUCUUUAUUGAGCAUCUUUGUUGAACACUUGAAAUGCUUAAUAGAUGUCCAGACGAUUUUUGCGGAUAACACAACGCAAUUUGGAAAUAUCUCUCUUUUUCUCUUCCUUUUUUACCUUAGAAAAGAUGAAGCUUUUUUGCAUUUAUGUGGUUGAUUUGUUAAGGUGUUAGCAUGAGAUGUUUACAAUGGUGCAAUUUUGAAUUUUGCACUGACUGAGUAAAACUCAUUGAAAGACCACCAGUUUUGAUAAAAAUACUGGCAUUAAAUAAACAUUUGCUCACUAUGAACCAUAGAGCAAAUUUACUGCUAUGUCAGAUUAGCUUAAAUUGUAAUAAUACUCUAAUUUAUUUUAUAUUGUAACCUCAAAAAAAGAAAUUAGACACUAUUUUAAGUUGUGUAUUUUAGCUGUGUGGAUCUUGUAUAUCUAAUAUUUAUUUAAAUUAUUCCAACAAGAAUGUGUUAUUUAGCUUGUUUAAUUCGAUUUUUUCAGAUAAUAUAUGAAUUUAGUGUUGAUAGUUUUUAAAAGAUUGAUCUUCAUGGCCAAAGAUAUGCUGGUGCUUUUAUAAAGAAACCUGUAGGAAAGGUGUAUAUCAAAAUAUCAAUAUUUAGGAUCCAGAAUGCACCAUAGUAAAGAAUAAUGUACAGUUAAACUGGCUUUACUUUGUAAAUAGAAGAAUGUGAAGAAGGGGAAAUGGAUAUAAGUAUUAUUUUGUGUGUUCUAAGGCAAGUAUCCUGUGUUUGCAUGGGAAACUCUUAUUAUAAAAGGUCUUAUUAUGUUACAUUAUGUUAUGUUACUUUGUUUAUUAUGAGUAACAUGACUGCUGUGUGUUUGCCCAUGAUAUCACUUUAAAGAAAUGUCAGUUUUAGAGGUCGACCGAUAGUGGAUUUUGCCGAUACGAUAACUAAGGUGAUGGAAAAGGCUGCUAACCAAUUAAUUCGGCCAAUAGUUUUAAAAAACGAUUUAUUGAAUGCAAAAACUAAUUUUCAUUACUGUGAUGGGCACAGGCAUAGAGGCAACGAGAGUCCGAAAUUAAAAAAAAUUCCAGAUGUAGUUUAUUGUGCAACAAUUUACUUUUAACUAUAAACAAGCCCAAAAUACACCAGCCACUCUUAUUUUGAAAAGUCUGUGCUUCCAGCUAACACAAACACAUAAGGGAAACAAAACAAGGACUCAUACAUUCAUAUACAAUGUAUUACAAUAGAAACACAAUAAUGUAAACAUUGUCAUAUGGGCUAUAAAUACUGAAUGAGCAAUAAUUUCCAGAGGAACAUGGAGGAAUAAUAAUUAAAAAAAAAACUAUCAGCAACUAUCGGCAUUGAUUUUUACCCAUAACCGACAACAGCAACUAUCAGCACCGAUUAUUUGGUAAAACCGAUAUAUCGGUCGAUCUCUGGUCAGCUUACAUCUUUUGACUGCUAUUUUUAAAAAUCAGUGUUUAGGAUAUCCAUGAGUUCUGCAGAGUCCAUACUCUACAUUGCAUAAGUAAAUGCACUACAGCGCUGGCAUUGUCUCUAUGAAGAUGGAUUGUUUGUUGAAUGGUAUAGUCACUAACAGACCAAGCAAAUCAAAUGUGAUGCAAUUCAAUUGUUAUUUAAAUCAAAGAAAAGAAUCGGAUGCUGUUGGUCAUGAGGCUUUGCCAUUAAACGUCCUUAAAUGAAAACAGAGGAACACGGCUCUGUGCUGUGAGGAAAACUCAUUGUUUUCUGAAUCUUGCAGAUCUUCUUAGUUCAGUGUUUAUGGUCUCAAAUAUCAUAAAAAAAUAAAUUAAAAAAACUACAGCAAAUAGUUGAAAAUUAUUUAUAAAAUGAUUUACAGCAAAUAGUUAUGGUCAGUGUGUGCUUUCCAAGCAUGCCAGAGAACAAAAUAAAUGUU